AGAGCAUGGAGGAGAGAGUUCACAUGGAAAGGAGAGAGCAUGGAAGAGAGAAAGUGAAAAUGUGAGAAAAUAUCCUAAAAAGCCCAGCGGUAUGUUGUUUGGUUUUUGGGGGACAGACAUGAGCUGCAGCACGCUGACCCCCAAACACUCCAGAGCUGCCUGCCUUCCUGCUGAUUGUCUGAUGGUUUGAGAAACAGCCAACAGCCCAGGUCACCGGGGGUCAAGGAGUUUUACAAGAUUAGCCCAAUCACUAACCACUUUGGAAUUUGGAAACUAUUUGCUGGCACAUCAAGGCUUUGUCGAUUCUUGGGCAUUCCUGCCGAGGCUGUAUCCUUUUGGAGUGUCCAGCAGUGCAACCCCUCACCCACCCCCUAACCCCCUCCAUCUAACUCCCUGUUCCAAGCUCUUGAUGGCUGGAAUGGAUGGCAAUGCUAUGUAGACUUCAAGACCUACAAUCUAGGGAAAAAAGGGUUCCCAUAGGAGAACCCUUUUUGGUUCCAGGAAGAACCCUUUUGGGUUCCAUGUAGAAACCUCUGUGGAAAGGGUCCUACAUGGAACCCAAAAGGGUUCUACCUGGAACCGAAAAUGAUUCUUCAAAGGAUUCUCAUAUGGGGACAGUCAAAGAACCAUUUUAGGUUCUAGAUAGCACCUUUUUGUGUGCAGUACAUUAGUGGCAAAUCAUUACUGGCAAGUUUUUGUAUUGGCCUAAAAAAUAUCCUAACUUCAGGAACUAACAUAAAGAGAACGUUUUAACUGAACCUAAAGCCAGAGUUGAUUAACAACCACAUUGUACUUGUAAAUGAGAAAAUAAAAUAACAUUAAUGUAUGUAUCAUACUAGCGUUCGCUGCUGCAACAGUACAGCGAUUCCUGUGCAUAAACGUUACAAGUCCACUCCCCAUUUGUUUCUUACCAUGAACAUUUGUUGAAGGCGUCAAUCAAAUUCUGAUUUGACAACUGUUUUGUCGCUCACGUUCCUGCUGCGCACCCCUGUAUCGCCUUCCCAUCUUCCCGCGAAACAUUUUCUAAGCAGCAGCGCAACACCCCUGCACAGCACAUUAUAUGGACAUUACUGUAAGGACAUCGAAACAUAUCAAAGAAGACAAAGGUGUCACACAUUGAGAAUACCAUUUUCUCUGUACCUUUUCCCUUCAUAGCUUAUGGAGCGAUAGCGAACUUUCUGCGGACUUUAUGGUGUCUUAAAACCUCUGCGGCUGUCAAUUGGACCCCAAGAAACCCAAUACUUCGAAACAGUGAAAUCAAUUGGCUACUGCUGGUGUGUGAUGGCACAACUGUGCUGAGAUCCUGCCAACAUCACAGGCCAGUGAAUAUCUUCUCCAGGCAGCCCUGACGUGGUCUGAAUGAAGACAGAGAGAGGAGCCACCUACCUGUAUCUCAAAACACUAUCUGGAUUGAGGGAGGCAGAGAACGAGAGAGGAGAGGGAGGGAGGGAUUAGAAACUAAUCCAGGACACCGCCAAUCCCAGAGGAGCUCCUUUUCUUCCAAGACGCAGACAAAACAGUCGCACGGAUUACAACACUUUAGUGUGUUGCCUUUUUUAAAAGCGGUAUCCCUUUUGUAUGGCGUUUCAUUGCCCCUAAAUGCCUGGUGUCCCGGGCCUGUGGUAAAUUUGCUGAACUCGACAACAAAGGAUAAAAGAGCACAAAAGGCCCUGUGAGAGGGGAGGGAAGUGACAGGAUGUCCCAUGGACUGUGUGGUGCCACACGCAGAUAAAGCUCUUUAGUGAAGAUGCCAUGUGUGAACGGACCCCUUGCUCUUCCUGCUGGGUCUCAGAGGGACUGAAAGCUGACCACCCCUGUGGACGGUACAUUCAAGAUCAAACUUCUAUGAGGGAAUACUAAAACGACGGAGUGGCUAGUCAGUGACAGGUUGGAGAUAUUUUUGUUGUUGAUUACAGGGGUGUAUAAGGUGAGGUUGAUUUCAUAGCAGGAUUACAAAGUAGUUUCUGGAAACACUUACUGUAUCUGAAGGGAAGAAGGACUUGAUUGAGGAGACUUGCGGCAGCCUAGAAACCUCCAUCGGUAACUGAAAGGAUCUGAGUUGUCAGUUAAGUGAUUAAGUAUCAAGUGUGUGUUUUGGUAUUUGAGUGCAGUGUGUUCAUGUGUGUAGGUGCAUUAGAGAAGAUUAUUAGCUGACAAGCAAAGGUGUCAGCCUAUUGAGUCACUCCUCAUUAAGCCAUAGCCAGCAGUGACCUGGUUGAUGAGGGUUGUUGUCUUGGUGUUUUCUUGGUGUUGGAGCCUUGAGUGGUGAAAAGAGAAAGCACUGGGUGAGAGUGAAGUGGAUAUAAAGUGUGUUUUAAAGCUGACAUAAUCCCAUUACAGUUCCUUAACAAAGUUAUUUAUAAUCUCCAACAAGUUUAUUGUAUAGAGCACACAGGUCCAAGCAUCUUAAACAUAACCACUUUCAGAUGUAUAACACAGCCUAACUCAUAUCUACUGUACUGUGCCAAGUCGAGAGGGAAUUUAAACUAGGUUUACAGAAAAUCCCGUAAACCUCUGGCAAGGUGAUUAGUGUCUAGACGGGUGGGAUGUUCGUUAACUGUUUGUGAACAAGACCUUGGAUGGUUUUUAUGGAAAGGGGUAACUAGGUAACACUGCUGGCUGUCCAGCCUUGACAGAAGACAUUGGUGCUCAUUUUAAAGGAGGUAGGUCUAGACUUCAAUUUGGACUGAUCUUAAAAGGGAAGAACAAGAAUAGUUUUUAUAUAAAGCCUCAUAGAUUAACUUUGAGAGGGAAGUUUAAGGACCGUUAUAUUUUGGUUGCUGAAGGGAAAUGUGCAUUUACAUUACAUAAUUAUAGAAAUUGUUGUGCACGUCUAAUAUUGAUUUAGCUCUAGAAACGUUGCCAGGUAUGAGCUUGCCAACAGAGAGAGCAUGAUAGUUAUAUUGUUAGUGUUCACAAGCAGAAACACAAGUUCAAAAUAACAGUCAGGCACUACUCCAAUCCACAAAGAUAUAAUCAAGUUAAAUGUAUUUUGUCUGAUGGACAAAAUAUGAGCAUCUCUUGGUAUUCUCUCACUCUUUCACUGCACAAAUACUGGAUGAGUUAUCUUUCACUGUGAGUAUAUAUUUGGAGCUGCAACUGGAUAUAUUUUCUGAACUGACAUUCACAAACCCACCGUCUGAAAAAAGCCCAGCUCUCAGACCACAUAGGCUGUGGUUAUACCAGAAACACUGGGAUGUGUCAUUCCUCCUCUUUUUAUUCCUCAUGACUGAAAGCAGCUGGGAAGGAGGACAGGAUUUCUUUGAGGCUGGAGUCAUUCUAAAGCACAGAAUUGGCCCUGAAAGAGAAAGCUUUGAAUGUUGACUGACUCCAUAGAUAACCAACAUUCAACUGAAAACUUCAGUGGGACGUCCUAAAACUGCAGGCUUACGCUCAAUGAAUAGCUGGCACUUGCUGCCGUGUGGAGAAUGUAUUCUACACACAUUCUCAGCACAUACACCAACCAGUUAUUUGAGUUAUUCUUUUUUUUAAGGAUCCAGAUUGUUUUUUAAGUGUCUUUUUACACUCAUUUUACAUUGGAAAAGUUUACUGAUUUCUUACUGGAUUUUUCAUUUCUGCUACCAUGAGUCUGGGAAAACUGCCCGGGAUUAAAGGCCUGGUGUCGGGCUCUCAGGGGAAGAGGCGCUUUAAGAGCGAACUCUCCGUGGACAUGAUCAGCCCGCCACUCCCGGAUUUUCGCCACACCAUGCACGUGGGCCGUGGCGGCGAUGUGUUCGGAGACACCUCCUUCCUUAGCAACCACGGGGGCAAAGGGGAACCAGUGAGCCCCGAUUCACCCACCAGCAGCUCGAAGACCACCCGCUUCUUCUCCCGCACCCUGAGGCAUGUACGCAGGUCCCCUGUGCCCCGCGCCAGGAUUGGUUCCCGUGACCUUUCACCCCCACCGCCUCCUGUCUCGCCCAUCAUCAAGAACGCCAUUUCACUGCCCCAGCUGAACAUUGACAUGCCCAACGGCUACCAGAGGGUGCUGUUCCCCAGCUCAGUGAGCUCCCCAGAUACCUCCCUCUACAGCUACGGUCUGCAGUCUGGUUUCGUCACACUGCCCCGCCACUCCCGCCUUGAUAAACAGCUGCAGGACGGCACCGGACUCUUCGCUCAGGACUUUCGCUGCGGCUCGUUCCCAGACAACGACGGCUUCGCGCUGACACGCUCCGACUCCUUCACCUCGUUCACAGUGGACCUUGGCCCCUCCCUCAUGAGCGAGGUUCUGGGCAUGAUUGACAGCCCCAGUUGCCUCACAAUGCCAAAUCACAGCUGGGAGUUGGGGGAAGAGGAGGAAGAGGAGGAGCAGAGCUCUGUGUUUGAGCUGGCUGUGCAGAGCCCCAUGUUAAGCUCAUCAAACCCUUCAAUGUCAAGCACGCCGCUCAAAGUGAAUGUGAACAACAGGGGGCGCUCUUGCAGCUCAGAGUGGGCAGAGGGAGAGGAGGAGGAUGAGAGGUCUCUUAAGAUGCCAGACGCAUCUAUGAGGUCUCCUACACAGGUAGAACCAGCGAUGGAAGCUGAGAGGUUCCAGAGGGCAGCUGACGUGCUGGCGCGUCACUACGGGGGAGGCUCCUUCUCCAGGAGUCAUCGCAGCAAUUCUGCCUCCUCCUCCUCCUCACCCCGCAGCCAGUCUAAAGCCCCUUACGCCUUCCCUGAGGAAGAGGAGAUCAAAGUCUGAAACAUUUACCAUAUGUCUAUCAUUGUGAGGAGAAGAGUGGGUGACCUUGGUUCUGAAUCCUUGCACUCAAGACCUUCAGAGGGAUCCAUGUUUUUCUAUAAACCUUUUACAUUAAUGAUUUGAAUUGGAAAGCUCCUCCUCAUAAUGAUAAGAGCUUUCUUGUCUACCAUCUAACAACUGGAUCAAUACUCUUGUUCAGUUUUAGAGAAGCUUGUGUAGAGUUUAUCAGACAUGAGCUGACAGCAACAUUGGACAGGGUAUAUAUAAAAAACAACCUUAAAAACAUGACAGGUUUCGUUAUAUCUUCAUAAGAAAUAUACCUUAAACUAAGCAGAUUCCAUGAAACUGUUAUUAAAUUCUGGAAUGAAACAAUCUCUUGAAAUCACGCAACUCUGUGCUAUAGCAGCUGCAGUGCAACAGUCACAAGGCGUACCACGACCAGAUGGAAGGACACAGUGAUCAUGAGCCAAGGCUGUGUCUGUCAAAACCACUCACAGUGGUCAUUCACAGACAUGCUACAUGGAUGUAAGGAACAUAAUAUGUUUUAUUUUUAGAAGACAUUUACAUUUACAUUUUAGUCAUUUAGCAGACACUCUUAUCCAGAGUGAC